AUGGGAAAGACUAAUAAAAAGUCUAAGCUGAAGGGGUACGGAGUAUACUGGUCCGGCGACAUAAAGAACAAACACAUCGCAAGAAAAAAUAAACAAUACAUCCGAGACCAGAAGUAUCUUCACAAGUAUAAAAAAUUUAAGGACCAAUACGUUGAACAGGAGUCUUCUCAGCCCACCGAGAGGCACACAGAGCCUUCAAGUAGUUUAAACACUGACUUUGAGGCCCCCAAUUCCAUAAAACCACAGGUCGAAGUGACAUAUUUAGAACUUUCAGAUGAGGAAUCCCCAACUAAAUAUAACGAUUCUAGUCCAAUAGUCGAAGAACCUGAAGACGAUGAUGGCUACAAGGAGAGUGUAGAUGAAGGCAGCAAGCAGAGGGGGAAUGUCUACUCCAAAGUGCUCAAAAAACGGAGAGAGAUCGAGAUGAAGAAGAAAGAGGAACAUGACCAGCGGGUCGAGGAGAUAAAAAAGAGAAAGAAGGAAAUACGCGCGAAGAAGCAGAAGAGGUACGAGCGGCACAGACUACUGGGAGCAAGAACUAAGAAGGGCCAGCCGAUAAUGAAAAACGAUUGGAGUCCACGUCCUCACUGGCGCCCAAAUUCACACUUUUAUCACGAUUAG